AUUGGACUGGAGGUGGUAGAAGCGCUAACACUGGUUCGUUCCACGCCGAAAGCCGUAUCGAAGAACCUGCGUGAAAUGCGAGUGGGCAAGUUCGAGGGGAACAAUUUCCAUGCCUCAGCAGGGCGCUGCCAAGUGACGAAGGAGGGACAAGCAGUUGUCAACGAGGCCAUUGCCUUUUGCGAUGCCUUCAAUCCUUCUGCAGCCGCGGCGGGUGGCUAUAAGCUACCUAGCUGCGGCCCAGCUGGAGUGCUGGACCCUACGCCUUCGGUGAUUCCACCUCCGCCGCUACCACUCGACGAAUUUGUUGCUACAGGAACUUGUUCUGGCGCGAGCUCCAGGAGUUCGAGCGGCGCUGCAAUUAUGCAAGUCUUGUCGCACCCUUUGUUGGCACUCUCGGCCGCUGAUCACGUCGCGGACAUAGGGCUGCUCGGCCUGGCGUCUCACACCGGUUCGGACAACGCGUGCAAGCCAGUUAUGCGCAUGCAGCGUUACGGCGAGUGGAAGCACAAGGUCGGCGAGUGUCUCUGGUAUGGCACGCAGCCAGUGACAGGAUACCAGAUCGUGGAGGACCUAAUUGUAGAUGACGGAGUAAAGACGCGGGGGCAUCGUCUGGGCGUCUACGACCCGAUGUAUCACUUUGUAGGAGUCUUCGUCGGUUUUCACAAGACCUUCGGAUACUGCUGUUGCAUC